AUGUCGAUCAAGCCCCGUGUCGGCAUCAUCGGCGCGGGUCUCUCGGGCUUGCGAUGUGCUGACAUUCUCGUCCAAAACGGAGCGCAAGUGACCAUACUUGAAGCUCGAGACCGGGUUGGCGGCCGAGUCCAUCAAGGAAAGGUCGGUGGUCAUCUGGUGGAUCUGGGCUCCAAUUGGAUUCAUGGCACGGGGUCAAAUCCUAUCACGGCCAUUGCCGCCGCGACGAAGACGGUGACGCAUGACCCCGUGGGCCAGAAUCUCAUGAUUACCCGAGAUGGUCAAGUGCUGGACGAGACCUUGACCGCGAAAGCUUCAAACUUCAUGUGGACAACAAUUGCCAAGGCCUUUGAAUACAGCAAUCAGCAUAGCAGUGUGAUCCCUCCUGAGCGAAGUCUCUACGACUUUAUCCGGGACCAGCUGGAGCAGAUGGAUUAUUCUCCGCAGGAGAAGCGAGUAUGCCUGGAUGCUUGUAAGCUAUGGGGUGGCUAUGUCGGCGAUCCAGUUGGACGUCAAAGUUUGAAGUUUUUCCGCCUCGAGGAAUGCAUUGACAGUGGUGAGUGGCUGAAUUGUGUCAAUGACUGCGAUUGGUGUUGGAGCAUUGACUUACUUUUCAAGCAAGGCAACGACUUUGUUGCGUCAACGUAUCAGCGGAUUGUGGAAUACGUAUCUCAAGCAGCGCUUUCAAAGGCAGACGUACGAUUUAAUCAGCCUGUUGUGGCGAUUGAGACACCAAUUCGCGAGCAGAUGCCAGACCGCAGUCAGCCGAUCACCGUGACGACCGUCUCCGGUGAUCUAUACUAUUUUGACGAGCUGGUUGUUACAUGUCCUCUGGGCUGGUUGAAGCAGAAUACAGCGGCAUUCAGUCCUGCGCUGCCUAGUCUUCUGCUCUCGGCGAUCCAGAAUAUUACCUAUGGACGACUGGAGAAAGUCUUCCUGACUUUUCCCCGGGCUUUCUGGCACGAUGACUCUACCAACCAAACUGCAAGCAGUAGCAGUGAAGCGAGCCAGUCAACAGCAACAACAGCAACAACAACAGGCACAAGCACAAGCACAAGCCCAGCGAUGAACCCCAUAUUUACCCAAUUCCUCGAACCUGAAUAUACAAACCACCCAGAAGGCAUGGAAUGGAAUCAAGAAUGUCUCUCGCUCGCCGGCCUCCCCAGCCCUUGCAACCAGCCCACGCUCAUGUUCUACACCUACGGUCCCUGCUCAACAUACAUCGUCGAACAAAUAUCCCCUCUGGAUCCCCGAUCCCCGGAGUAUCGAGAGAAAUUAAUCACCCUGUUCGAACCCUUCUACUCCCGACUUCCCGGAUUCGACGCUUCUCGCCCUGAUUGCGACCCCACCGGAGUCCUAGCCACCCAGUGGCAAAAAGACCCCUAUGCAGGUAACGGAUCCUAUUGCAACUUUCAAAUCGGUCUCACCCAAGCCGACAAGGACAUUGUGACGCUUCGAACGGGGGCCGGGGUUGGACCUGAGCGUGGCCUUUGGUUUGCGGGCGAGCAUACGGCUCCGUUCGUGGCGUUGGGGACUACUACGGGCGCAUAUUGGAGUGGCGAGCGAGCUGCCGUGCAGAUUUGCGAGAAGUUGAGGUUGGGUAAUGUGGGUGUUGCUGGAUGUCGGGAUGACUCUUUGCCGUCUGCGAUGAGCGAUAAAUCUCCAUGA